AUGCGCUGCGUGGGUCUCCUGGAACAGCACAGUUCAGGUUUCCUCUGGAAGGCUCAUCCUUUCUCACACAGUCCAUUGGCAAGUUCAGAGACAACAGACUGUUCCACAGCCUGGGCACAGCUUCCCAACGUAUUGAUCACGCCUCCCAGUUUGGUGCUGUCUGGGAACUCGCUGAGGCUGGACGCCACCUUGUCACUGAGGGCAUCAGUGAAGAUGUUGUACAGUGCUGGCCUCUAUCAACUCCUGAGGAAUGCCCCUUCUAACUACCCACCAAAACUGCAUCGGGGUGACGGGCGCGGAGGAGGAGCGGGGAGAAGCCGCACCGGGAGGAGCCGGAGGAAAGCUGCUGGCGGCGCGUCAGGCGCCUCGGGGGAAGGGGAGGACGGAGGACCCCCCGAGGGGAGCACCGCCGCCGGGACCCGUUUAAAAGGAAAAAAGCAGAAGCCGCCGUGUGCACCCGCUGCCGGGAGAGAUACGGGAAAGGAGGGCACUGCCCACGGGCACCCCUGCCUGGGCUGGGCGAGGGUGCGGGAUCCUGCGCUCGCUUCUCCCCCAGCACGAUGGGGUACCAGAGCUGCCACACAUAGCAAACAGCUUCAUCAUGCGACACAGCGCAGGAAGGUGAGACAGAAGCAGAAACAGAAACUAACGCUGAAAGGAAGAGUGGGGGGGGGAAAAAGACAGCGACUGCGAAUUACUUCCAGAGAAAGUGGGUGGAUGUUGUGCAGCAGCGACUUGGGAUUUUAGGGGAUGCACCCUUACAUUUUGCUUCUCUCCAGUCCGAGUCUCCCUUCUCCCGUGGCAGAAAGCGGCUCUACUUGGUGGUAGGAAAACAGGAGGAAUAAACAGGAGGGUUUCGUUCAGCAGUGCUUGCCAUGCCCUACUGAUCUGCUUUAAGGCUUUUAAUUUUUACAUUUUUUUUUUUUCCCUGGUGGAUGUUGAUUCCUUGACCUUGCUUUUGAGUCCUUUUAGUUGCACCGCAGUUUUGGGUUUGUGUUUUUAUUUCCUUUGGCGAGGAGCGCUAAGGGGGAGGCUGGCUUCGGUGCUGAAAGUUGCGAUCAUUAUUUUGGAGUCAGCAUG